AUGCCUCAGUGGCUUGGGUCCAUGACGUACCAAGACGACCACUCCCUGGCCGGCGUAUUCAAGAUCGAGGGCGAGCAAUGGGUUUUCGAGAACCCGCGUUCAAAAACAGCCGCGACCUUCCAACAUGCUCCGGCUGUUGUGAAUAUUCCUUGGAGGGAGGUCGAAAGCAUCCGACAUUCCCUCCGUGUGCGUGAGCCUUUUACCGCGAUUAUCAGCGGGUCUACUAUGGAGAUCACCUGGUCGAAUGGGGUUCGAAUCACGGCAAAUGUGCCGCAUUCUGGUGAUUAUGGGUAUUUCUCUGGGGAGGGUGGUUGGCGGGCGCAGUGA